CAGAUGGAAAAAUCGACGGAGGAAGCGUUCAAGGGAACGCCGGUGCCGUCUUGGAAGGAACAGAUUACAAUGAGAGCGAUGGUGACGAGUUUGGUGUUGAGUGUCAUCUUUAACUUCAUCGUCACUAAGCUAGCUUUGACAACUGGUGUGAUUCCGUCUCUCAAUGUAGCCGCUGGACUUCUCGGCUUUGCAGCUGUGAAAGUCUACGUCUCCACCUUUCAGAAGAUCUUCAAUAUAAAACAGCCUUUCACACGCCAAGAGAACACUGUCAUUCAGACAUGCAUCGUCGCUUCCUCCGGCCUUGCUUUCAGCAGUGGAGCUGCGAGUAACCUGUUAGGAAUGAGUCCUAGGGUUGCUGCUCAAACAGAGGAAGCCAAUACGGCAAUCAACAUCAAACAACUCUCUCUUGGUUGGAUGUUUGGUUUCCUGUUCGCCGUUAGCUUUGUUGGCCUUUUCUCCAUUGUCGCACUUAGAAAGACUAUGAUCCUGAAGUUGAAAUUGACAUAUCCAAGUGGUACUGCAACUGCUCACCUUAUAAACAGUUUUCACACCCCUAAAGGAGCCAAGCUAGCAAAGAAACAAGUUGCUGUGCUCUUCAAGACAGGCUGUUUAAGCUUUGCAUUUGCGUUGUUUCAGUGGUUCUUUGCUACAGCUGACGGUUGUGGAUUCAGCAGCUUCCCGACUUUUGGUCUCACAGCCUAUAAGUCAAAGUUUUACUUUGAUUUCUCAUCCACAUAUGUUGGAGUUGGGAUGAUUUGCCCUUAUAUUAUUAAUGUAUCACUUUUACUCGGAGCCAUCAUCUCAUGGGGCAUUAUGUGGCCUCUGAUCGAAACCAAAAAGGGCAUUUGGUACCCUUCUGAUAUUUCCCCUAGCAGUCUUCAUGGCAUUCAAGGAUACAGGGUCUUUAUUGCGAUUUCCACCAUGCUUGGGGAUGGCUUCUUCCACAUUGUUUACAUGAUGGGAGUCACAAUCCAUCACGCUUUCUUCAAAUCCAAGAAAGUAGAACUAAGCAAUUCGAAAGACGAGGUUGAUGAAUACAAUGAAGCAAAGAGAAAAGAAUACUUCACAAAAGACGAGAUCCCCACCACCUUUGCCGUGGCCGGCUACAUUAUCCUGUGUGUGAUAUCCAUUAUCUCAGUUCCUGCAAUCUUUCCUCAGCUAAAAUGGUAUCAAAUUAUGGUGGCUUACAUAUUAGCGCCACUAUUAGCUUUCUGCAACGCAUACGGAUGCGGACUAACCGACUGGUCAUUAGCAUCCAACUAUGGAAAAGUUGCAAUCUUCGCAUUCAGUUCAUGGGUGGGCAUAGACCACGGAGGCAUAGUCGCCGGUCUAGCUGCAUGCGGUGUCAUGAUGAACAUAGUCUCGACAGCUUCCGACUUAAUGCAAGAUUUCAAAACCGGAUACUUAACUCUAUCCUCACCUCGUUCAAUGUUUGUCUCCCAAGUAAUAGGAACAGCCAUGGGUUGCGUACUCACACCACUAGUCUUCUGGUUCUUCAACAAGACAUACGCGAUAGGAGAUCCAGACGGUUCUUACCCUGCCCCAUAUGGAUUAAUGUACAGAGGAAUAGCGAUUCUUGGAUCAGACGGGUUUUCAUCACUUCCAAAACACUGUAUGACGAUAUGUAUAGUGGUUUUCUUCCUGGCGAUUGCGGUGAAUGUAUUGCGUGAGGUGUUGAAGAAAUGGGAGACGAAGUAUGGACUCUAUCAGUUUGUGCCGAGUCCGAUGAGUAUGGCGAUACCUUUUUAUCUUGGUGGAUAUUUUGCUGUUGAUAUGUGUGUUGGUAGUUUGAUUUUGUUUGUAUGGAGGAGAAGUAAUAAGUUGAAAGCUGAUCAGUUUGUGCCGGCGGUUGCGUCUGGUCUUAUUUGUGGUGACUCUUUAUGGGGUAUUCCGGCUGCUCUGAUGUCUUUGGCUGGGAUUAGUGCUCCUAUUUGCAUGAAGUUCUUGUCGGCUUCUGUUAACAGUAAGGUUGAUGCUUUCCUCGGUCGUUAA